AUGAUUUUUGCAAAUGCUAUAGAAAGUGCUGAACACUUACUUCAAUACUAUAUGCCGGAGAAUUUUCUAAGUAAUUUUGGUCCUUGUGCUGUCGGACUGAGUGCCACUGCCUUUGGGCUGUACUUGGGUAACUUAUUCACGACUGAUGAUUCUUUAGUGGAAUUUCAUAAACACUUGGAAAACGAAUCAUACUUGCAAGAAAUUCAGAGCAUGUUUCUGAAAAAAGAUCAUUUUUUUCAGCUGCUUCAAAUGGCUGUUUUGGGCUUUACAUGCGCAGUUUUGUUGUUCCUUAUAUUUCUGUUUUACUUGACCAACAGGUAUCUUUCGCUCAAGAACUUUACAAAUGAGAACUUUAUGAAAACAUUCGAAAGAGUCCAGAAUGUGGAGCGGGUAGUUGAAUCCAUACUAGCUGACCAUGAGGUAUUGGAUAUGAAGCAGAUAGAAUUUUUUAAAACAGAGAUUGAGCAACAAAGAGCUGCUUUCAAGGACUUUAUCACCAAUAGAUCACUUGAGUUUGAAACUACAGUGAGUGAGGCUAAAUCUAUUUGCUUGAAGGCCAAAACUUCUGCUCACAACGAUUUGAAAAAGUUGACAGAACUAAACGGGCAAGCAUCAGAAUUGAAAGUUAAUAUAGACAUUGCAAAUUCUAGCUUGGAAGAAACCAGGAGCCAAACUUCAAAGCUAAAUAGAGAAGUGGAAAAGCUUACCACAGAAAUUGAUCAAAAAUUGGAAAACAUCAGGAGCAAUAUAACUAACAAAUUUUCCGAUUUAAACGAAGCGGUAGAAGAAGAUAAAGUCGAAAUUUACAAAUGUAAUGCCCUACUGCUUUGCUCCCAAACUUUGUUUGAGGCUUGUAUUUUCAAGUUUGAAGAGUUGGAUUUAUUGCAGGGUAAAACUAACCAGGUAAAUUCACAGGAUGACGAAAAACCUUCGGCUGAAAACAUAGUACCGUGCUUGGAAAGAGCAAUUGAACUUAACAAUUUUUUGAAAACCAAAGACGAAACCUCAAUGGAAAAGCUUUCUGAUUUCAGUGAGGAUUUUUGCAAAACGAAUAAAAACUCGGAGAAUGCGAUGUUAUUUGAGCUGCUUAAACGGUUAGAGAUAAUGGAGGAAAAAGUAUGCAGGCACUAUUCACUAAUCAAUGGAAAUAAUGUGAAAAUCAAACACCUGGAAUUUAGUACAUCGGAAAAAAUCUCUGAUUUGAAAUAUUGCAGCGAUGAGUGGAUAACUUCUUGGGUAUCAGUAAUAUACGGUCUUUUCAACAGUAGCUUUUUACAUCUCGAAAAUCAAUUGUUUGGCAUUGACUGUCUAGAAUAUACUACGAUUUUUGAUGUGUCCGAUGAUAAAAUAGAUCAAAACUCAAAUCUUUUUUAUCAUAUUAUGGAUCAGUGUAAGCAAUCAUGCUUAAAAAUAGUUAAAGAAAUCAAUCUGCUGAUCUUUGAGUAUUAUUUAGUCCAAAGUUCAUUGGCCACAGCAAGCUCAUCUUUACUUUCUAUGUGCAACACGAAAAUAGACGAUGAGUUAGAAACCUUAUUUGCAGAAUUUCGUCAGACGGUAGAUAAAACUCCAAUGGCAAAUUCCAAGCGUACGGACAUAGUAAAUACGCUAGCUAGACUAAGACAAGACUUGACUUCUGAUUUGAAAGAUGAUACAAUGAAGUUUAAUGCACUAGUCAAACAAAACCUAGAAGACUUUUGCAUUAUACAUGAUACGAUGAAAACAAUUUUCAAAGAGACUGAUAAAAGACGAGUUCAAACCGAAAAUGACUCAGUUCUCGAAGUAAGUGAUAAUUCUAAUUCAUUGCUAUCCCUUCACGAAGACUCUUCUUUUUCUGAGAACGAAGACUCUGUUGUAGGAACUUUGUCUAAUGAAUCUGUGCUACGACCUUUCAAGUUGUCUCUAUCUAAGAAAAAGAAAUGA